CGGGAAAGGUGUAUGAUGGCAAUGAGUAUGUGUUAAUGGUUGGAGAAGAGGUGUAUGAGUGAAGAGUGGAAGGUUCCUUUGGAAGUUAGAAGAAGCCGAGAAAGGGAGAAGGAAAAAGCACAGAAUGAGUUAACUGAGAGGAAAAUACAGCUAGCAGGCCAUCCAAGGACAUUGUUCACAGCCAAGACUUGGCUGACAACCAAGAGAAAGGGGGGCCUGAAUGUGCCCAAGCAACUGUGAGAUCUGCAAAAUACUGCAAGGCAUAAUGAAGACAAACGAAGGGUUAAAAAGCAGCUUUGUUGGACAGUAUUGGCUCAAGGAUUUAAAAAUUCCCUCACUCUGUUUGGACAGGCUUUGGCCAGAGACUUGGAGGAGUGGGAUAAUUCAGACAGAGCCCUCCUGCUGCAAUAUGUAGAUGACUUGUUGAUUGCUGCUGUGGGUCUAAUCCCUUGUCUCAGAGCUACUGUGAGUCUCCUAAACUUUAUUGGACUGCGAGGAUACAGGGUAUCUCAAAGCAAAGCCCAAAUUGCUCUUUCAGAGGUUCAAUAUCUGGGAUUUCACAUCAGGCAGGGAGAGAGAUAGCUCUCAAACGAAAGGAAGGAGGCUAUCUGCCAAGUUCCCAUCCCCAGCAACCGUAAACGGCUUAGGGCAUUCCUGGGCAUGGCAGGUUUUUGCAGAAUAUGGAUUCCAGAGUUUGGACUGUGGGCUAAACCUCUGUAUGAAUGUGUUAAGGGAGCGGAACAUGACCCCUUUCACUGGUCCCCAGAAGCGGACAGGGCAUUUAAAAUCUUGAAAAGGAAGCUAAUGGAAGCUCCAGCCCUGGGCUUGCCCGAUAUAUCUAAGCCGUUCCAACUGUAUGUGCAUGAACGAAAAGAGGUAGCUUUGGGAAUGCUUAACCAGCUAUUAGGUGCCUGGAAACGUCCUGUGGCAUACUUUUCUAAACAACUGGAUCAAGUUUCAAAGGGAUGGCCAGCCUGUUUGAGGGCGGUCGCAGCUACUGCUCUAGUGCUUGGGGAAGCUGAGAAGCUGACACUGGGAGGAACUGUGCAAGUGUAUGUUCCCCAUAUGGUCCGAGCCUUGCUGGACACUAAGGGUGGUCUUUGGCUCACACAGGCUCGGGUUGCUCGGUACCAGGCAAAGCUGUUAGAGAAUCCUGAAGUCACCCUGCAGAUCUGUCCCUCCCUUAAUCCAGCUACACUGCUACCAGAGACAGAAAAGCAGGAACAUGACUGUCUAGAAAUCAUAGAUGUUCAGUAUUCUAGCCGCCCAGAUCUAAAAGAUCAGCCACUCCCAAAUGCUGACUUGGAAUGGUAUACGGAUGGAAGUAGUACUGUUGUAGAUGGGCAAAGGAGGGCUGGUUAUGCUAUUGUGUCUCUUCAUGAUACCGUGGAAGCUGAGAGUUUACCGUCAGGAACAUCUGCCCAGCUUGCUGAACUAGUGGCCCUGACUCGUGCACUUGAGCUGGCAAAAGACAAACGGGUUAAUAUCUUUACUGACUCAAAGUAUGCUUUUGGGGUAUUGCAUGCUCACGCUGGUUUGUGGAAACAAAGGGGAAUGCUAACAGCCCAAGGCUCCCCGGUCAAGCAUGGGUCUCAAAUUCUCCAGCUUUUAGAAGCGGUACAACUCCCCUCAGCAGUAGCAGUGGUGCAUUGCAAAGCCCAUCAAAGGGAAGAUCAAGAUGUGGAAGCAGAGAAAAGAACUGACAGAAGGGAACUGCAAUGCAUGACGUUUGUUAGCAAGAGUCAGGCUAACUGUAACCCUGAUAACGCGAGAUUUGUAGAAGCGAGGAUUGUGUGAGGCGGGUGAGAAAGAGCUGUGUAAGAAGUUAUGAUGACCUCAGCAUAGAUAAAGUGUAGAAGACCUUGUGUAGAUAAGGUAAUAGAAAAUAAUUGUAUGUUGGCAAGAGUCAAAACAACUGAGGAAAUGAGAUAUCAAGAUGGCCUAUGUAUAAACAAAAAUGCUGCUGUCUCUCAUUAUUUUUGUAAUGAAAGGUAUAAAUGCUUGCUGUAAUUAGUUACCAGAGAGAGACCUGUUUACCUCUCUCCCUCUGCACAUGUGAGAGUUAAUAAAGCUCUGACUUGCUGUACCUAAACAAAUAGUGAGAACUCUGUUU